CAUUCAUUGAGUAAAUAUUUCUUUAAUAUAGAAAUUAAUUAAUAUAUAAAAAGAAUUAAUAUGUAUAAAUAUAAUAAAGAUAAAAAAUAAUCAAAAAUGGUGACGUAAGAGCUAAAUAAAACGAAGAACACUAAUGAAGAAUCGGGCGAAAAAGUGAAACGAAGGUAGUUGAAAACGAUGGAAAUAAACCUCGAAGUUUUGAACUACACUAAUUACUACAAUGCUAGUCAAUUAUCGAAAAAUUUAUCGAUCGAGGAGAAUACGAGAGAACCACUUGAGUGUAAACAAGAAAUCAAUUCGAGCGGUCUCUUCGAUUUCAUUAUUUAUGGUAUAUUAGUAAAUUUGAUCGGAAUUUUUGGAAUAUUUGGCAACGCGAUCUCGAUGAUUAUUCUUUCGAGGCCGCAAAUGAAAUCAUCGAUUAAUUAUUUGCUAAUUGGUCUAGCCAGAUGCGACACCAUGUUAAUUAUCAUUUCGAUAUUGAUUUAUGGCUUAAUCGCAAUUUACACAUACACUGGCCUGCUGUUCGACUAUAGGUUCAUCGUCUACCCGAAGAUAGUCCGAUUCUUAUAUCCAUUAUCAUGUAUGGCACAUAUAGCAACGGUAUAUUUGACUCUGACUGUGACACUUGAGAGGUAUAUCGCAGUAUGUCACCCCUUACAAGCUAGAUCUUUUUGUACAUAUGGACGAGCUCGAUUAGCUGUGGUGAUUAUUUUGAUAUUUUCCUUUUUUUACAAUUUACCAAAAUUUUGGGAAGUAGAGUACUACACAGAAACUCAUUGGAAAUACAAUGUUACUGUAUAUUGCGUGUAUCCAGCUGAUUUAAGAAGCAACAAUUUAUAUGUCACACUUUACGUCCAUUGGAUGUAUUUCUUUAUUUGUUACCUUUUUCCUUUCCUUGCUUUAGUGAUCUUCAAUGUAGCUAUUUAUCGAAGAGUGAGAAAAGCGAACAGAGAUUUGCAACAGCUUUCACGACAUCAGAGACGUGAAAUUGGAUUAGCAACAAUGUUACUUUGUGUGGUGAUUGUUUUCCUAAUUUGCAACAUCCUACCACUUGCUUCAAAUAUUCAUGAGACUUUCCUCAAUGAUCCACCACUUUGGCUAGUACAGACAGGCAAUCUUCUUGUGACAAUUAAUAGUAGUAUCAAUUUCAUUAUCUACGUGAUCUUCGGUAGAAAAUUCAAGAGGAUAUUUCUAAAGUUAUUUUGCAGUUCAAAACUAUUCGGACCUGGAAGAGAUAGUCCAGAAUUCCAUUAUGACGAAUCAAUCGUUACUAAUAUGACCAAUAUAGAAAGAAACUCUAUCAGACAUUGUCACCUUAACAGAUCGAGUACUAUCAAUAGAAAUAACAAUAUUUCAAAUGGUAGUACACGACAGAGUGUCAAAAUGUCGGGAAGACCUGCCAGUCCAGGACCUUGUAUUUAUUAUCCUGCAAGAAGUCCUAGUCAGAUAUCCAGAACAUCGAACACGCAAAAUGGAUGGAAUAAAAAAGAUGUAGAUUCUACGCUAUAAAAAAUUUUAAAUAAUUUAAUUUCAAUAAAUCGACCAGUUAUUAAUCAACAACGAAUACUUCUUUAUUAGGCAAAAUAAAAUGAGAAAAUUUUUUACAAAUGAAAACCAUUUGAAUCGAAUACAUUCGAUUAAGUUUGAAAGUAUAGAUGUUUAUCUUUAUCAUCGAUAAAUAUUAAUAUUCAAAUAAAAUCAUCGAAUAAUUUUAAAUUUAUUUUUAUAUGCUAUUAAAUCUAAUAAUAAUC